CACACACACGCAACAAUGAGUGGAGCCCAAAACGGGGACUUGUGGGAUCCUAUUUCGGUUCACAACUUUUCGGAGCGAUUUAUGGAGCAGACGGUUCACUUUCACGUCAUGAAGCUCAGCGGCGCCUUUUUCAUCUGGGUUGGCUCGAGUCCGCUUCUGUCCAACUUGGCGGUUUCAAUGAGCAGCAAAUACGACUCCAUGCCAUUAUCUACGUUAGUGAUGGGGGACCCUUCAGAUACGGCUCCAACGUCUUUGGCACAGAGAUUAGCAAAGAAGACCAAAAAGCAAGUCUUUGUUAGUUACAGCCUUCCAAUGACCAACUCCAGCCUCUCUCUGCUGGUGGAAAACCGAAUCAAAAAGGAGCUUGAGCUUCACCCGGAGAAAUUUUGAUUUUUUUUUUUUCACCGCGCUUGUUUUGUAUGUCCCCAGACCGGAACCGCAGGUUGUUCUCCCAUCUCACGUGUUGCACUGACAUCCACCACACAUGAUGACGUCCAGUGUUUGUUUGUUUUUUUUAUUGACACAAUAAAUUAGGUGAUUUUAUUAUCAAAACAUGUAAGCCUAUGGCUUUUGGUAGAAAUGCAUCAUUAAAAAAUAAGACUUAAAAAGCA